AUGGUCCCCAAAGCUUCUUUCGGCGUUUUCUUGUCGCUGUUUCUCCACAUCGCAAAUGGAAACGAAAAUAAAGAACGAAUACAGCCAGACCAUAAGCAUGCAGAAGAUCGAGCGCACAUGGUCCUGAAUGCAAUCCAUUCUGCCGGUCGACUAUUCGGAUCAGCUCUUUAUCACAAUGGAUUCGGCUUCUUCCCAGCUACUGUACCGGCAGGCACUUUGUUCUAUCAUGGCGCCGAACGAAACGUAACGCCGACGGGGCCAGAGUGGUUGGCUUUCGAUAUUGAACAUUCCGAAGCCUUUGCGAUGUCCUAUAGAACAAGACGUGGCAGAGGGCGUCACCCAAUAGCUCCACCGCCCGAUAAGCACAAAUCUGACGAAGAGGAGGAUCUACGCGAAGAAGAGUUCCGUGAGGAAUUGCGACGUCGCAGUGAGCAUAGCGCAGCCAACGAUGCCGAGGCUACAAGAGACCACUCUGGUUAUCCCUUUGACGAUGACGACCCUGUAAACCAUCGUGGCUAUCUGCAUAUGUAUCAAACAACUCGUGAACUCAACCUUCUUUUACUUGACGGUAUGAGUGCAGGCAAGACAUACAUGGGUACAUUGGACUCUCAGGAUCUCGUCCUUCGUGAGAGCAAGGGCAAUGGCCGGAGCUUUGACGAAUGGAACCGGGCUUCUGAUCUGUGCAAGAUAGCAUCCGAAUGGGGCUUAGAUGGAUUUGUGCGGAUGGAGAUUGGUGUGGAAGUUAUCAAAUGUGACUUCAGCAACGGCUUGAAUCUGGUUAACAUGAUGCGCACAGAAAUGCGCAAUCGCACUAUGAAUGACCAGGACUUGUCCAUGUUCCAAUGGAUCAGGGGGGUUGGAGAGCGAUACGAUGGUAUCGGAGGCGGCCGACUACGGAUCGACUUUUCUUCCAUGGUGUCUGGCCUCUUCUUUCCCAUCAACAUCUCCAGCACAGAUCCGGAGCGACCGGAUCUUAAAAGGCUCGGCGCUGCAACAUUGACUGAGCUUUUAGAUGUCAAGGCAUAUUUGAAGGAUGUUUUGCACCAGCCUCGACGGUUCACCGUGGACUGGCAAGGUGUUGUUGAUCUCAUCGUGAGCCGGUACAGCAAGAGGAUCGCGCUUAUGGCAUAUGAGCCACUGCCAUCUCGUUACUUUAUAAAUGAAGUCUUGGGUGCUACAUCAACCUGGUUCAACGCACCGCCGUUGCCCGAAGAUAUUUCCUUGGCAGAGCAAGAGAACACGAACCGAACUGCUGAUGCCAUUGAAGAAUGCAGGAGACAUUAUCUGAGGCCAGCACACAUAAUGAAGGGCAAAUGGAGUGUUGAAGACGAGUUGAUCUAUACAUCUCUCGACACAGUUCUAAGCACGAUCUGCGAUACGCUGUAUCUUGUCCGUGGUCGCCUACUAGAAGCGUCAACUGAUCCAUCUGAACUUACAAGUAAGGGAGACGGCGAGUCCAAUGAGAAACUUGAAAAAGCGGUUAAACAUGGCCGAUCCAUGGUCCAGCAAUUGAUUAGCGAACUGGGAUGGUCAACCUGGAAGAAACCACAGGCUUGUGCACCGGACGAAUUGUCUACGAUUGCGAUGUGGCCGUUUGGGACGGAGGAGGAUCAUUGGCAUCCUGGAUGUCGCUCAAUCGAUGUCGUCCAACACCCCAAUGGGACAUAUUGGGAUCACCGACUCCCCAAGCCAGACGAUAAAUGA